AUUCAGACCCUUUCCUCUGCAAACCCAAAACCUCCACAACAGGUCCAAGAAGAACCAACUUCUGCCCUGAAAUCCUCUCAAGACCUCAUUUGCUCUCGUAACUUUUCGGAACUGAGGGAAACUUUUUCAGGCACCUGCUCCUGUGUUCCCAAGGACCCUGGAGAGUAAUUCAGGAUGAAUUCAACAGUCUUCAACGACACAAACAGUGGUUUGUUUUCCAACAGAAGCAGCGAGAGCUUUCUUUCGUGCUGUAAUUUGUCCUCUGUGGUGACGGACAGCGGGUUCGAGUCCACGGCGCUAGACGAGCGGAGCGCGUUCAUCAUGCGCGCGGUGCAGAUAGCGGUGAUGUGCGUGCUCGCGCUCACCGUGGUCUUCGGCAUCUUCUUUUUAGGCUGCAACUUACUCAUUAAGUCCGAAGGCAUGAUCAACUUUCUGGUCACGGACAGGAGACCGUCAAAGGAUGUUGAAACGGUCAUCGUGGGAUCGUAUUAGUGCGCAAAAGUUUCGUGGUCGCAUGAUAUGAGACACUGGAGAUGCAAGCACUGGUAACGUGGAACUAGCACCUCAAAGGUGUCCUGCUGUGCGCACAUUGUCUUACCAGACAUUUGGAGGAAUUGGGGCAUUACAUUUAUUAAGUACACUUUUACAGGGACAGUCCUUUUGGAAAAGUCUACUGUAGUUAUAAGCUUAGGCAAUAUUGAGUUUUCACUGAGUUCCCCAUGAAACAAAAAGGGCAGUUUAGGUGACAAAUUAAGUGUUUGGUGUGUCUGGAAUUAUUCAGUGAGAGAAAAACAUCAUGACAAAGACGGGACUGCUGAACCAACUAUACAUUGGCCAUAAGUAAUGCAUAGGCUAUACAUGCAUGUAGAACAAACACAAUAGUUAAAGACUGCUCAGAUUCAUGUGGGUAGCCUAUACACUGCAUGCAAUUUGAGUGCACGAAGGAGGUUCUCAUUUAAAACAAUGGACACAUUUUGCACUGUUGGUAAUGAACUUGGAUAUACUUGGCUAUCCAGCUAAAUGUAUUGUGAGAUCAAUUGUUUGUUAGAUUUAGAUUUACAUUUCUGAAGAUAUUGCAAUUUGUCUAGAGAAACUGUGGUUUGCAUGUAUUGUCAUGUGAAUCUGAAUGUUUUUGGGGCUUGAGUGAUUCCGCACCAUGUUUAAUGAAAACCAUAUUGAACUUCAUUACAGUGAUGUAAGCGUGCCACUGAUAAAUGCAAUGAUGAUAACCAUGUGCAAAACUUCUGACUCUAC